GUCGUGGUGACGUCACCGCCACUUAGUGGCGAACGGCGGUUGUUGUUGUUGUGUGCGCUGUGUGUGUGUGUGUGCGCUGUGUGUGUGUGUGCCGCAGGUACCUGCUCUUCCUGCAGCUCAAGCGGGACCUGCGGCACGGCCACCUCCUGGCGCCAGCUGCAGACAUGGCCUGGCUCAUCGCCUUCAUCCUGCAAGCGGAUACGGGCGACUAUGACCCCGAGGAGUGCACGGACGACCGUGAGGCGCGAGUCGCUCUGCUGCCUCCCGCCGCUCACCCCUCGCUCCUCACCCACGCACACGACCUCCACCGCACCCAGCUCCGCGGACAGACACCGGCGCAGGCCGAAGAGAACUUCCUGCAGAAGGUGCAGGAGCUGGAGACGUACGGGUUCAACCCGCAGCCCUGCCGGGACGUGACGGGGAUGCCGGUGCUGCUGGGCUUCACGCCGCCCGGCCUCAGCGUCCUCCAGGACGGCAAGCGCGUCAUCUUCCUGCCCUGGUCGGAGAUUCGAAAGCUGAAGUUUGAAGGGAAGACGUUCCACGUGCACUGCGUUGAGAAGGAGAAGAGGUUCACGCUGCCGUUCCACGCGGCGUCGCCGACGGCCUGCAAGCACGUUUGGAGGAGCGCCGUGGACAGCCAGGCCUUCUACCAGCUGGAGCGCUCGAGCCAGAUCCGCGCCGUCUCCAGCAGUAACCUGCUGUUCCGGCGAAGCAAGCACCGCUUCAGUGGCCGCGUUGCCAAGGAGGUCCUGGAGGCGAGCAACCGGAUCCAGCGCCACCCGCCCAUCGUGAAUCGGUCACGCAUGGUGGAGACCAUGAGCUGCCCGACGAUCUCGCGCGACGCCGUGGCGCCACUCUACUCGGCCACCGAGAGCUACCUCCUGCACGACCUGGGCUUCCCAGACGAGGACGGCCACUCAACGCCAGUGCCGCGCCAGCGCAACGGUGACGCCGCCGAUCGCAUCUCCGUCAGUUGCCUGGAGCUCAACGUUGCACGGACGCACAACCACCACCAGCAGCAGCCUCACCGUCACCCGCAGCACCAUGUGCAGCUGCAGCACAAGCAUCUCACGCAAAAGCAGCAGCAGCAGCAGCAGCGAAAUCAGCAGCAGAAUCUGCAACAGAACAGCCACCAAGGCCAGGCAUACAGGCAGCAGCAGCAGCAGCAGCUGGUUGUAGAGGUGCCAGUUGCGGAGGCCAAGCGGGGCCAUGCUGGGACCCAGGAGCCACCGAGUCAGGGCCGAGCGGCGCCGACGAUGGCCACCGCCACCGGUGGUGGCGGUGGCCACCCCAUGCCGGACACCGAGAGUCAAUCGGAGGAGCCGACGGAGGACGGGGAGACGCCGGAGGGGAGGGAGUUCCCUGCACCGGACGCGGACUGGUGCGAGGCCGACUUCGACGAGAGCGCCCUGCAGGAGGCCGAGGAGGAGGAGAUGGACGAGGUGUCGCGGCUCACGGACCGCAACCUGGCACUGCUGACGGCCGGCCGCGACCGCUACGGCCGAGUGGCGCGUGCGGGCCUGCGCGCCGUGCUGGCGGCGUGCGCCGUCGUGCUGGUCACCGUGCCGCUGCUGCUGGUGCUGCUCGAGUCGCGGCUGGACGUGGCGCUGCUCAGAGACCUCAGGCGGACGCCCGAGUUCACGCAGUUCCACGUCGAGUACUUCUGCCCAAUGCAGCGCCGGCUGGGCGCCACCUUCCGCUCGCUGGCCGGCAGCGUGGACGAGUCGUGCGACCACCUCGAUUAGGCCCCCGAGAGAGGGGUAGGGAGGGGGUUGGUGACUUGCGUACGAGACUCGGUUCCUGGCCUCUCGAGCUCUCGCCCGGUUUAAACAAAAAUCAAAGUGACGCUCGGGCCUCGCGGACUCCCACGGCGGUUGAAUGGCGCCGCCGGCCCGCUCACAAAUGGAGGAGUCCUCCUCGCAGGGAAGCGGCACGCCGCACUUGGCAACGUGCUCGGAGGCAAAGCCCUGCUCGCUCUAGCGCGUCCGCGAUCCCUUUGUCGCGGAAGAGCGGCGAGGAGGCGUCGUGCCGUUUGGUUUCCUCGAGAUGUGCGGAUCGACAGGUCCCCGCGUGGGCAACCCCGCUUAGCCUAUCUGCCCCUGUGCACCGCUCAUCACCCAGGGGCCCCACCGGGCCCCGUUUCCCCAGCGGCUGGCUGCCGCUUCUCCCUGCACGCAGCGUGCCUUCGCCUGAACUCUCUCUCUCGGCGGUGACCGAAGUCACGCAGCGAUGCUGUUACGGUGAUGUGACUUAACUUAUUUUAUAUUUGAUCUUUGUUCUCGCUUUGUAACUCUUCCUUUUCACAGCCAGUUUUUUGUUGUUGUUUGUGUAUCAGUCCUAAUCGUACGAAUUUUUCCAUCCCGUGACUCGCUUUCUAAUUAACGACAAGUAUUAGGCGGGCACGAUAUUACACAUAAGCGUUGGAGCGAGGGUGGCACGGCAGGGAGAGGUGAGGUGGGGCGGGUGGGUAGCCGGGUGCCAUGGCAACGCGCGGGAACUCUCAGCCCCCCCCCCCACCCACUGGUACGGUGGAUUAUCGGUCACGCCACAGCACGGAUUAUGGUGCAGAGGCCACUCCGUGCCCCCCGCCACUCCCUGCGAUUCUCCUGAAUCCGGCGGCAGCGCCGCGGAGCUUUGCAAACGUGGCCGGGAGCAUGGUACGAUACUUGUUGCUGCGUUUGAUUAUUGAAAUACACUUAAUUUUUUGGCAAUAUAUUUAAUAGACUUAUUUGGUAAAGCCUCAGCUAUUGCCGACAUAUUCAAUAACGUGUUGAAUAUGUUGUCGUUGAUAAUUGAGGAUAUACGAGUCUGGUUAAAUACAUUUCCGAAAAGCGAAUGUGUAUAAAGGAUCAAACAAAGCAAGGAAUAUCAUGCGAUAUUUAGCUGCACUUGGCCUGCGCCUGGCAAGAUUGGAGCAAUCGAUCGCACGAGCUAACCACAACCCAAAUCCAACAUGGACACAACACGAGCCACGUGCUCGAGUUGCCAAUGCAGUAGGCGCAAGUGGCGUACGUUAUACGUUUGAUGAUUGAAAACGUUUAAAACACCACCUUGAUUUGCCGAUGGCAUAUUUUGUCGAUAACCGAGGACACAUUAAGUAAAGUAUUUUAACACGUCAUUGAUAAUACUAAAUGUGUUUAUUAAAUAUAUCGUCC